AUGAAGUCCUUUCUUCUUGUACUCGUUGCGCUAUUCGCCUCCUCAGAUGCUUUGACCUCCAGUUUCGUUCCACGAAGCCAAUCUUUGACUUCGGUUCCAAAGUCCUCUUCUUCUCUUAGUAUGAAGAUUUUCGACUGGAAGCGCAGACAAGCUGAUGAAUCCGCCAUCAACGACCUUGAUAACUUUGAAUUCACCGAGUACAACCUCCGACCAGCUCCCGGUUCCAAGCACCGCAGAAAGAGAAAGGGACGUGGUAUCGCCGCUGGACAAGGUGCCACUUGCGGUUUCGGUAUGCGUGGACAAAAGUCUCGUUCUGGACGAUCGGUCCGACCUGGAUUCGAGGGUGGACAACAACCCUUGUACAGACGUCUUCCCAAGUUCGUUGGAAAGCCUUUGGGACCUGGACACAAGCGAAAGAUUUACAAUAUUAUCAAGCUUGACGAACUUAACGACGUUGCCCCAGGAUCUACCUGCAACUUCGAAUCCCUUUUCGAGGCCAAGGCCAUCUCCAAGGCCAAGUACGGUAUCCACAAGAUUGUUACUGGCAGAAACGAAUUCACCGCCAAGGACAUCACUGUCCAAGCACAUGCCUUCACCAAGAGUGCCCGUGAGGCCAUUGAAGGUGCUGGAGGAAAGUGCGAAAUCCUCAAGCCUUCCACUGGUGCUGUUAUUGAAGCCUAA